UCCUCAUCAGCACAGACACACAGAUAAGGCAGAACCUGCUGCUCCAUCCACCCACACAGACAGACUGAUACUUUCUCAUUCAGCUCUCGUGUCCAUACACUGCAUCGCGUGCAGAAACAUGUCUGACAAGCCCAACAUGACAGAAAUCACAUCUUUUGAUAAAACCAAGCUCAGGAAGACAGAGACCCAAGAAAAAAGUCCCUUGCCAACCAAAGAAACUAUUGAACAGGAGAGGCAGGGAGAGUCCACGCCUUGAACGCCGCUGUUAACCGCAGUCACACACCAGAGAGAGAAGGGAAUGACUGAGAUCAACAAGAGAGGGACUUUGGGAGGAAUUGAACCAGUAACUGAUGUGUCAUUUGUUUCAUAGUUUUGUUUGUUAGAGAACUUAAUAAAAAUAAAUGUACGGAAUUUCCACGAAUGUAUUUUA